GAAAAUUAAACAAAACCGUGUUUCACCCGCAUUCCCCCAACAGCCAACCAACAAGCAAGACUCUAGCAUUGCAUCCACGCCAAGGCAUCUUCACAAAUCGAAACCCCACCUUCUUUCUGCUUUUAUUUUCGUCUUUUCCCACUUACCUUCCACGGACACUAUAUAUAUAUAUAUGAACCUCUCCUCUCCCACCAAGAGACUUACCAUAGGCGAAAAUGGAGUCACAAUCAAUUGCUGAGCCUGAGGGUGUUGUUAUUACGCUUGACUCUGUGAGGGAGUCAUUGAUCAGACAAGAAGACACUAUUGUUUUUAAUCUUAUUGAGCGAGCUAAAUACCUGCGUAACGCUCCUCUUUAUGAUCUUUCUUACGCUUCCAUUCCUGGCUUCUCUGGUUCCUUGUUUCAAUACAUUUUUUCUCAAUCAGAGACCCUUCACGCUACGCAACAGGCUGGGAGAUAUGAAAACCCAGAAGAACAUCCCUUCUUUCCUGUUAAUUUACCAGGCUCACUGUUACCGCCUCAAAAAUAUCCUCAGAUUUUGCAUCCUCCAGCUGCUUCUAUUAACAUAAACAGUACCAUAUGGGAUAAAUACUUCGAUCAAUUGCUUCCAGUUUUGGUUGCUGAGGGUGAUGAUGGCAACUAUGCAUCAACUGCCACCAGUGAUCUUAACUGUCUUCAGGCAAUCUCCAGAAGAAUCCAUUAUGGAAAAUAUGUAGCUGAGGUUAAAUUCAAGGAGGCCCCUCAAGAUUAUGCGCCUUUGAUUCGUGCUCAGGAUAGUGAUGCUCUAAUGAAGUUAUUGACAUUUGAGCAUGUAGAAGAGAUGGUGAAGAAGAGGGUCGAGAAGAAGGCAAAGAUAUUUGGGCAACAAGUGACUCUUUGCGAUGAUGGCACAGAAGGGAAGUGCAAGAUUGAUCCAUCUGUAGUUUCUAAGCUCUAUGAAGAUUGGGUGAUGCCUCUUACCAAGGUUGUUGAAGUUGAGUACCUCCUCCGCAGACUAGAUUGAUACAUCUCCUAUUUUGGUUACUGUUAGACUCAUUACCCGGCCUCAUUCAUGCUGUAACAGAAAUAAUCUAUUGGAAAUGGCUGAUGUACAGCCAGGCUAUUCAGUCAUGUAUGCUUAAAUCUAUUCGAGCAAUAAAAUGCUAAUACCGAUACAUUGCCAAAGGUAUUUCUUCAA